UCCAAGAACCAGCUUAAAAAAAAAAAGAAAAAAUGGAGAUCUUGCUCUGUUUCUUCUUGGUUUUGCUUCUUACUCUUGUAUCAACAAUCUAUCUCAAGAAUUUUAAAACUUCAAAGUUUAAUCUUCCUCCUAGCCCUUCAAGUCUUCCCAUCAUUGGGAACUUGCAUCAUCUUUCAGGAUUGCCUCACAGAUGUUUCCAUAACCUCUCACUCAAAUACGGACCGGUGAUGCUUCUUCGACUCGGCUUUGUUCCAGUGGUUGUCAUCUCAUCGAGUGAAGCAGCUGAAGCGGUUCUCAAAACUCACGACUUGGAAUGUUGCAGCCGACCAAAGACGGUCGGGACAGGAAAACUCUCUUACGGCUUUAAAGACAUCUCAUUCUCUCCGUACGGUGCUUACUGGCGGGAAAUGCGAAAAAUCGCGGUCAUCGAGCUUUUAAGUCUCAAGAAGGUUCAGUCAUUUAGGUAUAUAAGAGAGGAAGAGGUAGAUUACGUGGUGAAGAAGGUAUCGGAAUCUGCUUUGACACAAUCUCCUGUAGAUUUAAGCAAAACCUUCUUUUCACUCACCGCAAGCAUCAUUUGUAGAGUAGCUUUAGGACAGAACUUCCACGUGGACGGGUUCGUUAUCGAUCAAGAAAGGAUUGAAGAGCUUGUAACCGACGGAGCGAUAGCUCUAGGGACUUUCACUUUCUCUGACUUCUUCCCUGGUGGGGCUGGAAGAUUCUUAGACUGGUUGUUUCGAAGAAACAAGAAGAUCAACAGAGCCUUUAAAGAGCUUGAUGCUUUUUAUCAGCAUGUGAUUGAUGAUCACUUGAAGCCAGAAGGAAGAAAAAAUAAGGAUAUUGUUUCCUUGUUGUUAGAUAUGAUUGAUAAAGAGGAUGCAGAUUCUUUCAAGCCUAGUAUGGAUAAUCUAAAGGCAAUCGUCAUGGAUGUGUUUCUUGCGGGGAUAGAUACAAGCUCUAUAACAAUGAUUUGGGCGAUGACAGAACUCGUUAGAAACCCAAGAGUGAUGAAGAAAGCUCAAGAGAAUAUUCGAAUCACCUUGGGAGCCAAAAGGGAAAAAAUCACUGAAGAUGAUCUAGGAAAAGUUGAAUACUUGAGUCUCAUAAUCAAGGAAACAUUCAGAUUACAUCCACCACUUCCGUUUAUAAUCCCAAGAGAAACAAUGUCUCACAUCAAGAUCCAAGGCUAUGAUAUUCCCCCGAAGACGCAAAUCCAAGUUAAUGUAUGGGCAAUAGGACGUGACCCCAAGCGUUGGACCGACCCUGAAGAUUUCAUCCCUGAACGUUUUGCUAAUAGUUCUGUAGAUUUCAGAGGACAACAUUUUGAGCUAUUGCCAUUUGGUUCUGGUCGAAGGAUGUGUCCGGCGAUGCCAAUGGGAGCUGCUACUGUGGAGUUAGGAUUAAUGAAUUUGCUUUACUUUUUCGAUUGGGGAUUGCCUGAUGGGAUGAAAACUGGAGACAUUGAUAUGGAAGAAUAUGGUACUCUCUCCAUUGUCAAGAAAGUACCUCUUCAACUUGUACCCCUUCGACGUUAUGGAUGUGGAGUCCAAGAAGUUUAAUACCAUGGAAAGAUCAUGAACAUGAAAGGUAAGAUUCUUCAGAUAUUGUUGUAUUUGUGUAAGAAUUGAUGUUUGAAAGAUACUAUAUCAAGAAAUAAUAAAAGUUUAUUCGUUUCUAAAGAAA